UACCUUUACCACCUUCAUCUUCGCACCAUCGAAAUAUGAACCACACGCAUUCGUUAGACGAUCGAGGAAGCAGACGACACCAACUGACAAACGCAUCGCCACCAAUACCGUUGCAUCUCUUUACGGUAACAACACUACCAGCCACCGCUACUGGAGCAACCGGUCGUUUUAUCACAUCCUCUACCAUCAACCUGACCGAUCUGUUCGGCCACACGACGCGUUCCCGAAGUGUCCCAAGUCUAGCUGCCAGUGCUGCCAGCAUUGGCAAUGCCGCAUCCCGCGUGGUCGCCCGCAGAAGCCGUACGCUAGCGGUGUCUUCGGACAACUUCAGUGAGCCAUUGGAGUACGGCAGUGGGCGAGUGUUGGACGAUGGGCUUUCGAACGAUUCCGUGGCGGGUACAGCAUCGACGGUCGACCGUGCAGCGGAACAGGCGUUUUUCAGCACCAUCCAUCCGGCUUCAUUUUUCAGUACCAGUGAGGGCAGCAGCGCGCUGGUGGUGGACCUUGUCUCCACAACUACCAGUGCGAUCGCGACGGUAGGAUCGAUCGAUCCGACCGCACGCCAGAUCGAGAUGCCGAAAGCGAUGGACGACCACUUUCUCAUUGCCAACUGGCAGGACUGCGUCGUUGUGAUACUCUUCUGCCUGCUGAUCGUAGUGACUGUGAUCGGUAACACGCUCGUCAUACUGUCGGUCAUCACGACACGCCGUCUACGCACCGUUACCAACUGUUUCGUGAUGAGCCUGGCCGUGGCCGAUUGGCUCGUCGGUAUCUUCGUCAUGCCGCCGGCCGUAGCAGUCCAUCUGAUGGGCUCCUGGCAGCUCGGAUGGAUUCUGUGUGAUAUAUGGAUCUCAUUAGACGUACUUCUAUGUACAGCAUCAAUUCUCAGCCUUUGUGCCAUUAGUAUAGAUAGAUAUCUAGCCGUAACGCAACCAUUAAAUUAUUCUCGUCGCCGACGCUCGAAACGGUUGGCGCUGCUGAUGAUCCUUGUCGUAUGGGUGCUGGCACUGGCCAUCACAUGUCCUCCGAUUCUUGGAUGGUACGAGCCAGGUCGACGGGAGCUGGACCAGUGUCGUUACAACCAAAACGAAGGCUACGUUGUCUUCUCGGCCAUGGGCUCAUUCUUCAUCCCGAUGACGGUGAUGGUGUACGUGUACGUACGGAUAUCAUGCGUUGUCGCCUCCCGGCACGAUAAGAUGACGGAAAUCGAAGUCCACAAGAAAAGUCACCGCAUUCGGGAACCCGAGGAAGAUGGCUAUCAGUCCGAGCUGGAUCCCAUGCCAUUGAGUCCGAAGAGAAAGCGGUCCUCGUCGCAGCUUUCCACCGCCACAACGACGUACGUGGCCCAGCUGGGACCGAUGCUGGACGACAGUACUGGACCACUGAAGCCGACUAUCAAGCGAAACAACCACAAGCACGGGCCCUACGAACUGAUGGACAUGAGCACGGCAAGUGGUGGUACGCUGAACAAAACCGCAAUCCUGUCUACGACCGGCAAUGGAACAGGUGGCGCUAUUAUUGCUCCAGAAGGACACCAAGAGCAACAGCAGCAACAGCGGCGACCGUGCGAUGAUGGAACGGGCCUUGACACCAUUGUCGAUGAUCCUGCCGUCGAUCCCGACGGACCUGGGAGUGGUAGCCCGGAGAGUACAAUGAGCGCUGCCGCUACAACAACUACUGCUGCUGCUGCUGCCAUUCCCUCUAGUGGGCCUGCUGUCUCGGCCAAUUACAACCAACUUUCCUCGACGGCCGAACGCUGGUCGUCAGGCAAUAACGUUUUCAAUCAACAAAGCCACAAACCACAAUCCCAUUCGACGGCGAGCUUUGUGCCGUGCGCAACCUCUUCCCCGCCACCCAACCUAUCCCAGCAGCACUUCCAUCACCAUCACCACCACCACCACCAUCACCAUCACCAUCAUCACGAGGGACGUCCGACGGCGGCACUGGCAUCGGCAACGGGCGGCGGUGGUCUUAGACGGAACAACACGGUCAAUACUUCCAUCACGACCUCGACGUGCAGUUCGGUCCAGCUAGUGGGUGGACGAUCGUCCGGUGGCAACAACAUCCGCAUCCACCAGAAGUCCCUCUCGUCCCGCAUCUCUUCGAUGAAGCGUGAAAACAAGACGACCCAAACGCUCAGCAUCGUCGUCGGUGGCUUCAUUGCCUGCUGGCUGCCAUUCUUCAUAAACUACAUCAUUACACCGUUUCUGCCGAAGGAUUGGGCCGUACCGAAGCUGGGCGAGUUCUUUACCUGGCUCGGUUGGAUCAACAGUGCCAUCAAUCCGUUCAUCUACGCCUUCUACAGUGUUGACUUUCGGGCUGCCUUCUGGCGCUUAACUCUGCGCCGAUUCUUCCGCAACAGCGAGAAGGCCCCGUUUGCCAACAUUCACAACCUUUCGAUGCGAGCACGAUGAGGCGCCGGACGGGUUGGGCAUA